GUCUGAUGAUUGUAGACUACCCCUGCUCAGUCCAGACUGAGCUCAGAUCCAAACGCAGCCCAGUUCUCUGGGUCCCCCUCUUCUCUAAGCCAGCUGGUCUGGCUUAAUGUCACUUCUUUCUUUCACUUUCUUUUUUUAAGAAAUCCUUUCUUGUUUGAUACAAGGGAUUGACUGAGCUAAACCCACAGCUGGAGCUGCUGGGGAACCUUCCAGGUGAAGACAGAACAAAAAGCAGCGGUGCUUGCUGACAAGCCUGGGACGCGCGUGCUCCAGGAGAGUCACCGAUGGACUGAACCGCUGGACGGAGACACGCAGGAAGACAAGUCACGCAGAGACAUGCGGAGCUGAGCGGACAGAGGAGCCAGUAGUUUGGGAUUGAAAAGUGAAAAACUGUGAGGAUCUGGAAGUCAAUCAGAGGAGCCAGAGAAGAAGACGACGUUUGUGAAAAAGAGAAAAAACAAAAUAGCCAAGAUGGGGAGAAAAAAGAUUCAGAUAGCACGGAUUAUGGAUGAACGCAACAGACAUGUGACGUUCACCAAACGUAAGUUUGGUCUGAUGAAGAAAGCGUACGAGCUGAGCGUGUUGUGCGACUGUGAGAUCGCCCUCAUCAUCUUCAACAGCACGAACAAGCUGUUUCAGUACGCCAGCACCGACAUGGACAAAGUUCUGCUCAAAUACACCGAGUACAACGAGCCGCACGAGAGCAGGACCAACUCCGACAUCGUGGACACGCUGCGUAAGAAAGGUUUAAACGGCUGCGACAGCCCCGACAUCGAAGCCGACGACUCUGCAGGCCAGAGCCCAGAGUCAGACGACAAAUACCGUAAAAUCAACGAAGACAUCGACCUGAUGAUCAACAGACAGAGAAUCUGUCAGGGUCUGCUGCCCUCCAACUACGACAUGGGCGUCUCCAUCCCGGGGAAUAACCCCAGCGGCCUGCUGUACUCCCACCCUGGUAUCAACUGUGGUUUAGGUAACCACAACCUGCUGCCCAUUUCACACACACACCCCUCCCUGCAGAGAAACAGCAUGUCCCCUCAGAGGCCCUCCAGCACUGGGAACGCAGGACUGAUGGGUUCAGAGCUGCCGAGCACCGUGGUCUCCACUGUGGGAAAUAGCAGCUACAGUAACCACUGCACCUCGCCCGGGCUGCUGUCUCCAGGAGGCGUCUCCAAGAACAUGCAGGACAAGAGUCCUCCUCCAAUGAGCAUGAGCCGCAAGCCUGACCUCCGCACACUGAUGCCCCCCUCCAACAAGUGCAACAACAUGCCCACCAUUAACCAGAGAAUAAAUCACUCCCAGACUGCUCAGACGAUGUCUACUCCUGCUGUGUCUAUCGCUGCUCCAACUCUACCUGGACAGGUGAUGGGCGGGUAUCCCUCCACACUCUCCUCUUCAUAUGGCACAGAGUUCUCCCUCAGCAGCGACAUGUCCUCACUGUCCGGGUUCGGAGGUUCUGGUCUUGGAUCAGUCACGAGCUGGCAACAACAGCAGAUACAAAACCUGCAGCACUCAGCACUCGGACACAUGGGGAACUUGUGUCAGAACUCAAACCUGAACCUGUCCUCCGGUCAUCACCCGAACCUCCACAUCAAAUCGGAGCCAGCCUCCCCACCCAGAGACCGGAGCGUCACCAUGAUCGGCACAGGGCUCGUCGGAGGAGGAGGCGGCGGCGUGACCACAGCAGGAUACUCCACUGUUGGCCGGGGCCCCAAUGAAGCAGGCCGCUCCCCCGGUGACAGCGCGUCCAGCUGCGGGAGCUCGUACGAAGGCAGUGAGGAGCGUGACGAUCACCACGGGAACUUCCUUCUCCAACCUCUGUCCAAUCAGGAUGAGCGCCACAGCCCGUCAGUCAAACGGAUGAGGCUAUCAGAGGGGUGGGCCACAUGAUGGGAGCCGGCCUGCAGCCAGAGGGGAGGAAGGGGUGUUAGUAAAGUUACCUUAUAGUGUUAUUAUUAUUAUUAUUAUUAUUAUUAUCAUAUUCUUCUUGUACUGAGUGGGUGUGCUUAAUGUGUAAUGGUAACAUGUAUGUGAGAGGAGGGGCACGGUCAGACAGUUUUAUAUGAAUACAGUGACGCUCUGCUGUAUUUACAACAUGUACUGUAGCUAGACAUGUACACUAGAGGAAAUACUGCGAGUACAUCAGGCAAGUGUUUAUCAAACUGCUGAGACACUAAAGUUCUCUGAAAAUGAGGAAUAAAAACAUUUAUCAAGCGACUUCUUCUACUCAACAAAUUUAACUUGUACUCUUUCACUGAAGUCCAAAAUGUGACUUUGAGCAGUUUGAUAAACGGCUGUGCAGGAUGUGCUCUGAGGCGAACAUGUACUGCGCUACAUGUUUCUACUAACGCGGCUGGAGAGAGUUUGUCGUGUACAUGUACUGCUUGUUUUGUGUGUGUGUGUGUGUUCAGGGAUGGGGGGUGGGGGGGUGGGGGUGUAAUAAGUAAAUAACAAAUAUGUUACGUGCAAAUUUAUGUAUGUGCACAUGUAUGCAAACUAACAAAAAAGGUAAAAGUGAAGAAGUCUGGUACUCUGAACGGUUUAAUAACAUGCAUGAGCAGGCGUGAACCGCUCAGUCCACACCGUGUUGCAGGUUCAACAUAUUUGCGCACAUUUAAAACGUAUAGCACAUUUAUAUAUGAUCGUAUGGAGGGUCAAGUGUGGCAAAUAAGACGGAUAGAAAGAGAGAGGAAGUGUGGAAAGAGGAAGAGACGGAGGAAUGUGGCUCUGGUGAGAGAGAAGAGAGGAGUGGUGACUGAGGAGGUUUUAGUGUGAGUGAUGAGAAAGUUAUUUGCAACAGGUUGCAGAGAGAAGACGUUUCACUUGAUGUGAAAACUCAGAGUUGGUGAAUACUUUUCAGAGCUGUGUUAACAAAAAUGUGAUUUUCAGCAAACUGCAAUCCAGAUGCAAUAAAGUAUGGAAGCAAAGAAAUGCUCAACAGAUUUCUAUCUGAGAAAUAACUGAAGAUUUACCACUACUGAAUACUGAACGCUGACAAUAUGACCAUUACAAGAGAUGUGACAUUCACACACACACACCUUAAAUAAAACAUGAAUUAAAUAUAAAGAAAAGACUGCGAGUAGAUAGUAGCUAAACAUUUAAACACAGACCCCCUAAAAUCUCAAGAUUACAUUUAUUAUAAAUAAAAAAUGAGGGAUGGAAAAACUGCAAAAAAGAGCUGUGUUUUUAAAAAUAACCAAAAAUGCAAAUUUUAAUUCAACUAAAUUUAAAAACAAGAUCAAAUUUAAAUGCUGUUGAACUGUGGCAUUUAAAUGUUACUUUGAAAAUCCGUCUGAAUUUAUUAAAAGUUUAUUUUAAGUCGUGAUAAUUUGUUUUUAUAAAAAGGUUUACAAAUUGAGAUUCCGUAAAUAAAUUGUUCAAAAUAUAAGUGUUCAGUAUUUAAAAAUACAUACAUAGUCAAAAUGUGAAGUUGCUCAAAUCCAAUUCACAUCACUAAAAUUAAAGGUGAUAUCCAAAUUUAAAUUUAACUUAAAUAUCUGUGCUUCUGGGGCGUCGGUGGCUUAGUGGUAGAGCAGGCGCCCCAUGUACAAGGCUGUUGCCGCAGCGGCCCGGGUUCGACUCCAGCCUGUGGCCCUUUGCUGCAUGUCAUUCCCUCUCUCUUCCCCCCUUCACACUUGCUGUCCUAUCAAUUAAAGGCUUAAAAAUGCCCAAAAAAUAUCUUUAAAAAAAAAAAAAAAAUCUGUGCUUCUGUUCAGUUAUUAGCAGUGGGGGAAAAGUGAUACAGCGUAGCUUCGCAAUAUUUGUGUGUGGCAAUAUCACAUCGUCACACAGUCCCAAGUAUCCAUUUUUUUAAUUAUACAAAUUAUUAAUACUAUAAAUACAACUUAAACUUUAUCAAUUGCUUUU